UGCUCCUAUGCGAGGACGUGGAUUUGGUCGUGGCUCCACCUAUAAUAGAGGAGAUGCAUUUAGGUCCCGUGCUCCCAACACAAGUAGGCCACCAUCCAUGCACGUUGAUGAUUUCCAGCAGGCACAAGCGGAUGAAACUAACAACACGGAACGCACCCCUCAACCAGCACGCAGACCUGAGAGGGAUUUCAAUGACAGGGGGCGUGGCAGUAAUUUUGACAGAGGAGGGCGGGGUAAUUUCUCCAACAGAGGUCGCUUCUUUAGUCCUCCUGGGAAUUAUGGUCGCAAUCGGGAUGACAACAACACACGUGGAG